GCGGUCAGGUGGCGCCCAACAUGGCUGCGCCGUGCCCCGGCGCCCUGCGCGGCCGCUGAGCGCACCCGGGGCGGCGGCGGGGCCAUCAUGCAGAAGAUCAAGUCGCUGAUGACCCGCCAGGGUCUAAGAAGUCCUCAGGAGAGUGUUAAUGAUCUCAGUCCUAUUGAAAGCUUUCGGAUUCCUACAAAGGAGGAGCUCAGAGAACUACAUGAAGAACCAGCUGAUCCUCAGGCACAACAGGAAAUAAUUAACAGCAUUGAAGAAAUUUAUUUUUCCAAUGACUCCUUUGAUAUUGUGAAGUAUGAAUUGGAGAGGCUUCCUCCAGUACUUAGUCUUCAAGAACUGGAAGAGUACAGAGACAAACUAAAACAACAGCAAGCUGCUGUAUCUAAGAAAGUUGCAGAUUUAAUCCUUGAAAAGCAGCCUGCAUAUGUUGAGGAGCUGGAACGUGUUACAUCAUUGCAGAGUGGCCUCCAGUUAGCAGCAGUUAUUUGCACAAAUGGAAGAAGACACCUGAAUAUAGCAAAGGAAGGCUUCACACAAACUAGUUUGGGGCUACUUGCAAAUCAGAGGAAACGACAGUUGCUUAUUGGACUGCUAAAGUCUCUGAGAACAAUAAAAACGCUGCAAAGAACUGAUGUGCGUUUGAGUGAGAUGUUGGAGGAAGAGGAUUAUCCGGGAGCUAUUCAGCUGUGCUUGGAAUGCCAGAAAGCUGCCAGCACUUUCAAACACUACAGUUGUAUAAGCGAGUUAAACUCAAAACUGCAAGAUACCUUGGAACAAAUAGAGGAACAACUGGACGUAGCACUUUCCAAAAUAUGCAAGAAUUUUGAUAUCAAUCACUAUACAAAGGUUCAGCAGGCUUACAGGCUGCUUGGAAAAACACAGACAGCAAUGGACCAGUUACAUAUGCACUUCACCCAAGCCAUUCACAACACUGUGUUUCAAGUAGUCCUUGGAUACGUGGAGCUGUGUGCAGGAAACACAGACACCAAGUUUCAGAAGUUACAGUACAAAGACCUCUGUACACAUAUUACAUCAGACAGCUACAUCCCAUGCCUUGCUGAUCUCUGCAAAGCCCUUUGGGAAGUCAUGCUCAGUUACUACCGAACGAUGCAGUGGCAUGAGAACCAUGACCAAGAUGAGGCAGCAGUUGGGUCUUCUGUUUCAGAUGGCAACAAUGUGAUUGGAAGUGAAGAGAACAGUUUUGACCGCAACUAUGUAAAAAAGAAAUUGGAGCACGGGCUUUCACGAAUAUGGCAGGAUGUUCAAUUGAAAGUGAAAACAUAUCUUCUGGGAACAGAUCUGUCAAACUUUAAAUACGAUGACUUCAUAUUUGUACUUGAUGUUAUCAGCAGGCUGAUGCAGGUUGGAGAAGAAUUUUGUGGCAGUAAGUCUGAAGUUUUGCAAGAAUCUAUCAGAAAACAAAGCGUUAACUAUUUCAAAACAUACCACAGAACCCGUCUUGAAGAGCUAAGAAUGUUUUUGGAGAAUGAGACCUGGGAACUUUGUCCUGUUAAAUCAAGCUUUAGUAUUUUGCAGCUUCAUGAGUUCAAGUUCAUGGAGCAGUCGCGUUCCCCGUCCGUGUCGCCGAGCAAGCAGCCUGCCUCUGCGGUUUCCUCCUCCGUGACGCUGUUUGAGCAGUUCUGCCACGGAGGAAACCCCUUCGAAAUUCAGGCUGACAGCAAAGAGGAUGAGACAGAAGAUGUGUUAGCUUCCAAUGGGUAUGAGUCAGAUGAACAAGAAAAAAGUGCUUAUCAAGAGUAUGAUAGUGACAGUGAUGUUCCUGAAGAGUUGAAAAGAGAUUAUGUGGAUGAGCAGACAGGAGAUGCCCCGAUAAAAAGUGUUUCUCGAGAAACUCUGAGGAGCAGAAAGAGAUCAGAUUAUAACCUCAAUAAAGUGAAUGCACCUAUUCUAACCAACACUACACUGAAUGUAAUAAGGCUUGUUGGGAAAUACAUGCAGAUGAUGAAUAUUCUGAAACCUAUUGCAUUUGAUGUGAUCCACUUCAUGUCCCAGCUCUUUGAUUACUAUCUGUAUGCAGUCUAUACAUUUUUUGGCCGAAAUGACAUGUUUGAAUCAACAGGACUGGGCCUCAGUAGCAGCAGGUUGCGCACCACACUGAACAGAAUCCAGGAGAGUCUGAUUGACCUGGAGGUGUCUGCUGAUCCUUCAGGAACUCUCACAGCUGCUGAAGAGAGAAAAGAGAAGGUGCCAAGCCCACAUCUCAGUCAUCUCGUCGUUUUGACAUCUGGCAAUUCGCUCUAUGGUUUGGCAGAGAGAGUGGUGGCCACAGAAUCCUUGGUAUUUCUGGCUGAGCAAUUCGAAUUUCUUCAGCCUCAUCUUGAUGCAGUGAUGCCAGCUGCCAAGAAGCCUUUUCUUCAGCAGUUCUAUUCUCAGACAGUGUCAACUGCCAGUGAACUACGUAAACCAGUUUAUUGGAUUGUUGCUGCUAAAGCCAUUGACUAUGAACAAAUGCUUCUUCUCAUGGCUAAUGUGAAAUGGGAUGUGAAGGAAAUCAUGUCACAGCACAAUGUAUACGUAGAUGCUCUUUUGAAGGAGUUUGAAGAAUUCAACAGGAGGUUGAAUGAUGUGUCUAAGAGAGUCCGUAUCCCAUUGCCAGUGUCCAACAUCCUUUGGGAGCACUGCAUACGCUUGGCCAAUAGAACUCUUGUGGAAGGUUAUGCCAAUGUAAAGAAGUGCAGCAAUGAAGGACGUGCCUUGAUGCAACUGGAUUUUCAACAGUUCUUAAUGAAACUAGAGAAGUUAACAGACAUUAGGCCUAUUCCAGAUAAAGAAUUUGUGGAGACCUACAUUAAAGCAUACUACCUGACAGAAAAUGACAUGGAAUCCUGGAUAAAAGAACAUAGGGAAUAUUCCACUAAGCAGUUGACCAAUCUGGUGAAUAUUUGUCUGGGCACCUACAUCAACAAAAAGGCAAGACAGAAGCUGUUAGCUACCAUUGAUGACAUAGACAGGCCUAAGAGAUAACUGGAGGAAGCUGCUUUCUUUCUGACUUGCACCUUUUUCUGUUCAUGUGAAGCACGCCGACAUUUCUCUCAUGGACUAAUGACAACAUUGGAAAUGUUGUGCAUGACCUUUCUUAGCAGCACUGGAGGCACUCUGAAGAGACAAUGUUCUAAAAUAUGAUUUUUCUAAUCUGUAGAAUUCUUUUCUGUUCUAUUUCUUUUUUUGGUUACUUGCCCUUAGUAAAGGGCCACUGUGUAUCAUUGAUGAGCUGUAUGUUUUGCAAAAGUGUAUGCUGUAAGUAAAAUCAAAAUCAGAGAGAAACACAUUGGCUUAAUAUAUCAUUGAUGCUCUUUUUAAAUUAAAGGGCUACUUGAAAAUAUGAUUUCUUUCCUCUCUGCUUUCACCUUCAGAAAUUGUGCUGUAUUAUAGACCAGUGUAAAAUGAAAGAAUAUCUAUAAUAAUUUGAUUGAUGUAUCCUGCAUGUGGAUUAAGAGUGCAGAUCAACUAAGUACUCUCAUGUUAAAGCCCAUCAUCCUCAUAUGUAUUUAAAGAUGUCUGUUUAUUUCAGAAUUAAUUUAGUCAUAUCAAAAUUAUUGACUUCAGAUUAAUAGAAGGUAAUAAACAUUGUAUACUAAUAUGAUUUGUUUGUGAGACUUUGUUUUUCCAAUUCAACAAUACAAAAUGCCAGCAAUAAUGCCAGAGAAUUGGAAUAAUGUUUUGCUGACUGAAGUUUUGGAUUGAUAAUAAGAUAAUCUUCCUGUUUCUUGCUCUGCUGUAGACAUCCUGAGUGAUCUUGAGCAAAGUAAAAUGGCUUGACUGCAUAUGUGCCCUAGAAAUUAAUUUGUCAGAGCAUCACUGACUUCACUGAAAUUAUCAGGUUUACCCUUGGUUUUCAGUAUGUAAAGUUUCAGGAAUUUUAUUUUUUAUUACACAAUCAACUUCUGGAGUGCUCUCAGACCAUUUUAAGAGAAAUUUUGAGCUAAUAGGUAAUAUAAAUUACAUAGGCUGCAAUCCACUGGUGUGUACAGCAUGCUAAAUUCUCAGUUUGGGAUUCAUACUUGCCAUUGUACUUUAAUUCAGACACGAGGGAACCUGGAGUUAGUGAAUGUCAGCAGUAACGUAGUGACAGAAAGUUGCCCCAUGGAGUAAUCUUAAUUGUUCUGUGGCCUAAUUUCCUCUUCAGAAUUGUACUGAGCAUCAUUAGAGAAAGCCUGUGUACAGUUUUAGAAAAAUUAUAGAAUUUACAUUUUAACUAUUGACUGUGUGGUAUUCAGCUUCCUUGUUUAUCUGUAUUUUAAAGGAAAUAAGAUUUAAAACAAAAUUUAACUCUGUUCUUUAUUGACCAUGCUGUCUUGCCUAUUUCUGUCUAAAACUUGUUUGGUGGUUUGUCACCAUAUAAGUUGAAGCUGAAUCACUUUUAUCCUCAUUAAAAGGUGGUACAAGUGAAAGUGUGGACUUUUUUGUCAGCCCAUCUGCCCUGGAGUGAAAUCCUGAGCGAGAGCUCUCGGAAGAAACAGAAACAUAUUGGGGACUAUUAGUGCAAAAUAGCUUUCCAUUUUCUUCACUUGGAUGAAAUAAGAAAUUAAAUAUCUUUACCAGAGCGAGCUUAACACAUUUAAUUUCUGCUGAACUGCUUAGGUCACUGUAACUUUAGAGCUCACCAAAAGGUAAGGGUAUAAUCAUUGGAAUGCAGGGUGAAGGUGAGCAAUUGCAUGAACCACAAGCAGGAGUGAUUUUUUGGUAGUAUAUCUAUGGUUUGGCUUGUUAUUUUUAAGUAAGUCCCCAAAUAAAAGAAUAUGUAAGAAACAGUGUUAAACUUACUCAACAGCUGUAUGAUCUUCAUCCAUAUACAUCUCAGAAAUCAUUAUAUUUUCCACAGGAACCUUUUUUUGCUGCCCAGGAUUGAUGCCAAGCAGGAAGCCUCAUAGCCAAAUGGCCUACAUACACUCUUAGAUACAUGGGAUAUUUUUUCACACAUUGCCCUGUGUGAAAUCAGGUGUUGGACUCAGUCAUCGUUGUGGGUCCAUUCUAACUCAGAAUAUUCUAUGUUACUUGGUUCUGACUGACUAAUGAAGCUAAGUUUUCACUGAGUGCUGAAUUGUUCUCUCACAAAGGUUAUGUAUGGUAGUUUCCAUCCUCUGAUACAAGAAUUUUUUAUAAACUGGUGAUUUUUGAGCAUC